GAUUUGCAGUCGAGUUUAAUAGCUAAUAGGUUGAGAGGGAAAUGACGUCACUCGAGUAUCAACACCGCCAUUUUUCACUGUACAUGGCGCAGGACGUUGUUUUUGGAGUUCGAAUCAUGGAAGACCAAGAAGCUAUAUUAGAUGCAUUAACUGAAGUUGAGCGCAAGGCAAAUAAGGAAAUUCCUCCUAUAUUGGACCAGUACUUGCUGCAAGUAGCGAAGACUGGAGAAACAUUAUUUCCAUGGCCACGACUAAAGCCGUUGUUUGUUAAAAAGUUGGAUUCAGUAAUGCAGCAGUUUAAUGAAGAGUAUCCAGCUGACCAUUUGCUUAUGUCUCCAAAUGUAAAAAAUGUUAAAUUUGAAGAAAUGAGAAAUCGGAUCAUUAAUGCUGUCAACAGAUUUCAUGGUGCCCCUUUUACAAUUCAAAGACUAUGUGAGCUCAUAACUGAACCAACCAGACACUAUAAAAGGAGUGAUAAAUUUCUGAGAGGCAUUGAGAAGAAUAUCAUGGUUGUUAGCACUGUGGAUCCAUACGGAAGAAAAGUUGUUUGUGAGUCACGGAAUAUUGUUAAUGGGAUUGAUAUUAAUGGACAUACUGCAUCAAUACGUACCCCACCACACACUCCUCCACCAUUGCCUGUACCUUCACCGCCUCUUUGGCAAGCAACUUCCAUUGAUUCUGCUACCAUCUGGCCAUCUUCUAAGUCUGAUUCUGAUAAACCAGACAGUCCGACAUACGAUGAAAACUGUGAUGAACGAAAUGUGUCGCUUAGUAGUAGGACAUUACCUUCACCACCGCUACCAGGAACAGUCCAUUCUACAGAUUUAGGUAACAACAAUGUAGAAAUUAAUAACUCUUCAAUUGCAGAAGAUAAGUGUGAUAAAGAGGAUUCUUCAUCUUCUUUUGACUCCAUAUCUGAUGACCGAGACUCUGUUCAAUCUUCUACUAGUAGCAGUGGGGAAGAGUCUACUUUAAGUAGUGGUGAUGAUAAUUCUCAGCAGUCUCCUACUAGUCAAAAUGGUCAUGAAGAAAGUACUGAACUAUCUACAGCGGACAGCUGUGCCAAUCAUCAACCAAGGGAACUAACCCAGAAAGACCCAUCAGCUACUGAUGUAUUAGCAGAUAUAAUGCAACUAGAGGAAGAAAACAGUAGAAGUAAACUGGAGACUAAAAUGGAAGACAUUCAAACACAACCAGCUUCAUCGGAGAGCAGUUCUAUUUCUAACAGUUUCCAUAUUAUAUCUGAAGAAACUUCGAAAGUUCAGUUCAUUCUUCCAAAAGAUAUGGUAAAGAACUGUGACAGUUCUGAUUCAGUUACAAACAAAUCCAGUUUGACAACAAACACUAGCAGUACUAUUACUAGUUCUAUUACAGCAAGUCAUACAUGUGCAUCAGUACCCACAAAUCAGUUACAGCCAGAGCUGUGCCAAGACUCAAGCACUCCACUGUCAUCAACAUCAUCUUUCUCUUCACAAUCUUUUCCCUCAUCUGCAGAUAUUUCUGAAACCACUGAUGUACCAGUGUCCCACCAUGAACCUACAGUAAAGAUCUGUUCUUCUGCUAAUACCAGCACUUCAGAAGCUGCUACUGUAGCACAAGCAGAGUCUGCUGAUAAUGCUGACUCGGUUGUUACUGAUAUUGCUUGUACAGACAAUUCAGUUUCUUCUUCUGAUGAAAUGACACCAGCUAUAUCAGAAGCUGACAAUACCCAGAUACCUCAACCAGAUGAAGAGAGUAAGAGAUGUGAGGAAGACAAUGACAGCAACGAAGCAUCUUCAGUCAUGGAAACUAACUGUUGUCAACCUAAUCAGAUGCUGCAAAAGGAGGAUGGAGGAACUAACAGUUCAGUUUCUGAAAGUGCUGAUGUUUCUGCUUCCACUACAAGUGUAACAUCUCCCCAAGUUCCAGAAUCUAAUACUCCAGAUGAAGAACCAAUGGAGUUAUAGCUGAAGAAUUUUUACAAGGAGACUUGGAAUCAUUGUUCCUGUUAUUACCACCACAAUUGCCCACAUCUAUGCAUCAUUCGUUAUAAGUUAUAAUUUCUUUUAACCAUUGCAACUUCUUAUUGUAUUACUUUUCUGGAAGAGAACAAAAAACGUUUAUUUUAGCUCUGUUUCUCAAACAAAAUAGCUUUUUAUAAUCCUGACAAUUUGAAUUUUGUUUUCCUCCACUGCUUCUUUUUAUUACUUCUAAUACCUGUUUAAGAUCAAUAUUUCUUAAGGAUUUUUUAAUAUUGUUCUAUGUUGCACUUAUUCUAUGGAGCAGUUAAAUUGAAAUACUCUUUUGUUCUGUUGAUUACUUGAUAUUUUUGUUUUACAAAGUACAGAUAGCUUUAAAAGUUUUUUUCGUAUAUAAAUACCUUAUUGGUAUAAAUAUUGGUUUAUUGAGUAGAAUGUUUUAAAUGGUAAUGGGAGGGUUUAGUACUGAUACUAAAAGAAUUCAGAAGUGAUGUAAGACAAGUUACAUUUCAAGAUCUUAACCUUUUAAUUACAUUACUAAAUUUGACUUCUUCCCUGGUAAAGUUAUAUUUUAGAUAAAGAAAUGAAAAUAGUAUGAUCUUAAAUUAUCAAAAAGGGUUGGCUUUAUGUAUCUCAUGGUUGCUAUAUUUCUUUUCUUAAAACUGUUUAUUUUUAUUUUAAAGAAGUUUUUUUUUUGUCAUUAUUAUAUCAGUUUCAGUCCUAAUUUUUUUUCCCAACCCUUUUAGUGUUUAUGUUCUUUGAAAAUAUAAACUUUAAGAUGUUUCAAUCUAGUCCAACUUUUAAUUUUUUGUGAAGUGCCCUGUUUUUCUCUCCCAAAGAAUUUAUAAUAAAGCAUAACUUGCUUAAUUUCAAAACUAAUUUCUUUUAGUUCAUCCCUGUGUCUAUUCUAUCUUCAAAGACUUUGGAAAUAAUUAUUUUAUCUAAAAGUACUUUUAAUCAUCAUCCUGCCAUUUUACUGUUUUUGUUGUGUUGUUCGUUGUCUUUUCAGUUUCAUUUUUAUGAAUAGAACCAAAGUUGAUUGUAGAAAUGGGCAUGUACUCUUUGAACAAGAACGUUUAUUUUUUGUUCAGUGGUGGCUUAAUAACUGCAUAUCUUUCAGUAGCAUUGUUAUUCUGGGUCAAGUUCUUGUUUUCAAUUGUUUAUAACACUAUCUAGUUGGUUGUCAGCGGAGAAAAAACUGUUUUCUUCCAGUCUCAAUAUUUGACCAACUCAGAGCAACAUUCUCAAAUAAAGAUUCCAGCAAACCACUUACAAUAUAA